AUCACUUGCUCAGAAGUAUCCAACAUUGCUUGAUAAACAGCUAAGAACAAGAACGUGUUUUAAAGAUUCUGAUUAAAUGGCAUUCAAAUAUUUACACAAAACAAUAGUUAUUGAAAGCUUAUCCGAGAUAAGACGAAACAAAAUAUUUCAACACUAACCAUAGCUGAUCAAAUUGAAUUUGACGAAUUAAAUAUGCUCUUUCGUAUAUAAGUUGCAUUUUUGUGCCUCUCUUGUGUAAGCGGUGGUAUUGUGGAGCCAAGGUGUACGAGAUUUGAAUACGAUGAACGACUGCUAGAAAAGGCUAUUCGAAUGGAAAUACGACUGGAAGAACUUGGAAAGACUGUUGAAAACCUACAGAAUGAAAACAAAAACCUCAAAGAGUCCUUGAACGAUCUCGACUCUAUAAAGACUGAAUUAACAGUGACAAACACAACUUUACAUCGACUGGAAGAGACUAUCGACAUCACCUCUGCCUCGACUCUCGCUCUUCAAGAUGACUUGGAGAGAACGAGAACCGCCUUAAAUGCAUCUACCGCGGCAAAAGGUGUAUUUCAAGAUCCCCGCCCGGCGUUUUUAGCCAUCCUUUCAAACGAUAUAUCGACAACAACAGCAGGACAGACGAUACUAUUUGACAAUGUUGUCACCAACAUCGGAUCAGCAUACAACGGCGAAACAGGCACGUUUACCGCCCCAAUAGAAGGCUUGUAUCUGAUCUCUGUCAAGAUCACCGGUUACUAUAGUGAUUCAUCUAGCAGUGGAACUACCGAUUAUUACCGACUGAAAAAGAACGACAAAUUGUAUCUACGCCUUUUUGUAAACGUGAACUCAAAAACACAUAAGUUUGAUUCUUCCAGUGUCAUUACCGUAAUGGAACUUGGAAAAGGCGACAGUGUUAAUGUUCACUGUAAUCAAUCGAACAAAUAUGUCGAAGGCACCGACACAAACACGUUCUUCUCCGGAUUUCUUAUUGAGUGACAAGUGUUAUGCAUACUUCUUGCUAAUAUAUAUGCAUCUGGAAAACCAUAUGCAUUAAAUAUAUUUUGAUAAUACAUAUAGUAUUAUUUCUUUUGCAAUUAAAUAACAAGAAUUAGUUUACUUGAAUUCUUUGUUGAAUUAUUUUUUGCUCGCUAUGCAUGUAUACAUAUGUAAUGUGUAUUAGCGUUCGUUGAUAUGGCCUUGUCAGUGACAAACAAGAAUACAUAAUGUUAUAUAUCACCUGACUUCGCCUUUAUACAAGUUUGCACACUCAUUACUAGUUCUUCCGUAAUGAUUAAUGUGUUCAGUUUGAAUACAGUCUUCGCGUAAAGACUUAAAUAAGAGUCAACGUUUUCUCAAACGCCUGGUCGAGAUAGGCGCUUAUAAAAUAAAGUUGAAAGUCCGUGUUAGAAGACGCUAAGCGUUUCGCAGACUUAACUGAUGUAAAUCAGUAUUUGUUCGGUAUAAUAGAUUAUUCUAUACCUAAUCUAUACGUUCAAUCGUAGACUAUCAUUCUCAAAAGGUUCUGAAUGAAAAUUGGGAUCGACAGACGGUCUUAAAUUAGGGUGUCAUAAAUUAACUUUAAUAACAAUGAUCAGUCCUUGUUUGUUGGCCAACAAAACGUCAAAAUAGUGUAAAAAUAUGAUAUCAACGCCUUUAUACUAUAAUAUAAUUAUAAUAUAUGGAAGAAUGAAGGCAUAGUUUAACUAAGUUAGAAGUUACUUAACAAUACGCGUUAUAUUUGGACUCAAACACAGCUGUGAAAAUAAUAUUGGAUUCGCCUAACGGUAUUGUACAAAAUGAUGGUAAAUGACCUAUAACUAUCGAGCACGUUUUGAUAUGACCAUAUUUUAUUUUCGGAAUGCUGAUACAAACUGUGCAACUUUUAAAUGAACAAUAAAGCUGCACUCUCGCAAAUUGACCAUUUUGACAACUUUUUCUUUUUAUUUUUUUUUGUCUUAAAAUGAGCCAAUUGUUAUUCAAAUGUCUUUAAACCUCUGAUAUAAGAAUAUUUACUAACGAGCAGAUCUCAGUCUUUCAUAUUUAAGUUCGAAUAUUGAUGUUUAAUGGCUGAAAGCUGAGAUCUGAUAUAUAUCGUUACUGACCGGCUAUAACUGGAGGCAGUAAUAUUUAUGCGAAAAGCUACAGAAACAAUCUCAGUAGCAAAUUAUUUAAACAUAAACCCGGUUUAAUGGCACUGGCUAAAACCAGCUGAUUCGGUGACAAAAUAAAAACAUGUAAAAACUGUUGUCAAUAUGUAAGAAGGCAGCUUUAAAAUACCUAAACAAGAUAUAUUUAAAUUGCAUCUGCUUUUAUGUACCAUUGAUUUCGGCCUUAAUUUGCUUAAGUGUCUGGAAAACUUACGUACGAAACUGGGUUAGAGCGAGCAACUUCAUUAUCAUUUACGAUAGGUAACGAUAGUGGUAUCGAGUGAGACAUAUUCGCCAUUAUGAUUCACUAACAUAAUUUCGUUUUUAGACGCAUUUGAGCGUCACGUAAUUAUACUUGAUUGGGGGUUUAUGUCCUUAGAAUUUGGUUAAUGCCAAUGAGCUUAUGUGCCUUGUUGAGUGUGUUUAAUUAAAGUAGCACAACAAAAACAAAAGAACGCCUUAUAGUUUGCAACGCACUAUUUUACUUGUUAGAAAUGUGUUGUUUUCUUAAAUUCAUGUGCAUAUUCAAGGAUACAUUGUCAGUGCCAGCGCUUAUUCGUUCAUUGUUCUGAUUUAAGUGAGAUGUUAACAUUAUCUAUAAUUUUGGUAGCAUGCAAUACACAGGUAGUGUCAGUUAUGAAUUGAAGAUUACAACUGUUUUUCUUAAAAACACUAGAGAACAUAAAAUGCUUUAUAUAAGAAAUAAUAUGUAUGCAAUGAUUAUUUCUAAACGAUGAUUGAAUAGUAUAAAUAUAUGACACCUUUUAUACGUUCCAGUUUGAAUAUCAAUAUUGUCAAUCAAAUGUUUUUGUUGACAACCUUGAGCAACACACUCAGGUCUCCGAACGCAAGAAAACUUCUUCCUUUGCUAUAUAUGUAAACAGUCACGUUUUGCAUCGUCAACAUAUGACGAAGUUGUCUGUCAAUUUAGAAAGCAGUCAAAACUAAGGUGAAGUGGUAUCGGGAAUAGAGGAGGUCAAUGAGGGUGUUUCUUUUAAAAAAAAAAGCUGUAUAAAUAAAAAAAAAUAGUGUGCGACCUAUUGAUCUUUACACACUAUUAUAACGCAGGCCUUUAAUCGAAAUCAUUGCACCACUUAUCAAUGGUCUCGAACCGCAAUGGAAUCACCUUCUUUUAUGAAGGAACCGUCGCGUGUGGUCUUCCGGAGUGUAUUCUAGCUAUAACACCGUACAACUUAAGCAUAAAACAUUGUUGUUAUAAUGCUGCUGUCAUGUUCACAAAUGAUUGUUUUUUUCCUGCAUUGAAUGUCUGUCAUUACUCAAUGUUAAAGUAGUUAUUUAGAAACCAUUUAGCAAUAUGUAAAGAAUACAACAGAUAAACAGAAACAGUGCAAUAUAAUCAUGUAUUAAAAAGGACAUUCAAAGGGAUUGAACCUACAGAUGUUCCAAUUUCAGUUACGGCCCUUUCUUAAAACGUGACAUGAAGUGAAAAAAGAUUAAGUUCCAUUUUAGCACAUCAUUAAGAAUGUAAAUAAUGUGAUAAUGUGUUCUGAUUUUUGUGAUAUGUUUUUUGUAGAAAAGAGUACUGCUGUUUGUAAACCUUUAUACUUACAUAUUUACAAGAAAGCUGAUACGGGCCAUGCUUUAAAACGAAACGUGUUAAAUUAUAUUUGAAAUCUCCUUACUUUAAUUCCUUUUGCAGCACACCGACAAACAGUGACCGCAUGCGCAAUUGUCUAUUUUUAACAAUGUUAUUUCAUGUUUCACUUUUUUUACAUGCACUUGUUUGUGUUUACAUUUUUUACAGUUGACCAUAU